UGUAGGGGAGAGUGGUGGUAGGCCGUGGAAAAGCCCUCCUCGCUUGAAUUAGACAGUUUUAAGCGGGAAAAAUUCGUCUCCCGCCAGAGAGAUACUUUUUCUGUUUGCUGGAUGCUAGGGUUUGCGAGUUCGAGAAUUUGAUCGGGGAAUGGAAAGCAGCAAGGGCGACGCGGUGUUUGAUUCUCUGAAUCUGAAUCCUCAGCUAUUCAUCAACGAAACAAUCAACACCGUCGAUGAUAUUGUCGACGAAGCCUUUGAUUUCUAUCGCCGAGAAGCAUCAACUCUUCUGAAAAUCGAAGGAUCUGAUAGGUCUGAGGAUUUGUCACAUGGUAUUGACCAUGUUCAUGGUAUGAUACAAUCGAUUCUGGACAAGCGUUUGCAAAUGUGGGAGCAUUACUGCCUUCGACACUGUUUUUCAGUUCCUGAUGGGUUUACAAUGCCUGAAAGUGAUGGCUCAGCGAAUCAUGAGCAAUCUAGCCAAGAUGCCUCAUACAAUCUGGAGUUAGAUGCACAAUUGGAUUCUCUAAGGGAGAAGCUUAGUUUGGUAGGAAAGAAGUCUGCUGAGCUGAACUCGGAGCUCCAAGUUCUUGAAAGAACCUCUGGUUCAAGUGAUAUCUCUGCCAGGCUUGUAAACGAGGCUCUGCAGCUGUAUGAUCAGCCCUCUGUUGAUGCUAUGUUCAAAGAGAUGGCGAGAACUGCCUUAGAACUUGGUACACAGAUGGAUAAAUUGAAAACAAAAAGGAUGGAACGCAUUGAGCGCGUUAAAGCAGAGAGGAUAAAGAACCCUCGCAAAGGAUUCUCUGCAGCGACUUAUGGUCUAGAUGCAAAACUGAAAGACCUUGAAGACUUUCUAGCGGAACUAAGGAGGAUGUGAAGUUGUCAGUUGCACACAGGCACAGGCAAGGCAACAGGUGUGUGUGGUUCUUUUCACAGUUGAUCUGCCAAGCAGUUGUAUGUUUUAGCUAUUUCCUGUAUAAUUUGUAAAAACUUAGGGUUUCAUACGUGUAACUUGAACUGGAAGUGGAAGGGGGAUUGCUUCACUUCACUUCACUUCAUCCAAGUGUGACAUGUUCUUAGCCUGUAUAACUGGUGGUAGCUCUAUGGCCUUUAAAAUCCGCAUGUGGCUAUCCUUAGAAUGGCUGAUGAAUGUGAAGGUGUGUGGGCAGAAUAGGCUUCUCUUGAUGUCCGUGGCCGUAGUAAUAGGAUCUCAUCAGUUUUGCCCAAAGUGCUGUGUCUUCAGAUUCGAUUA